AUGGACUACACCAUUUUCAACAAACUGCGUCUGGAGGACAAGCUCUGUGAUGUGGUAAUCACGGUCAAUGGCACCAAGUUCAAAGCCCACAAGGCCAUCCUGUGUGCUUGCAGCUCCUACUUCUGCAAUAUGUUCACCAGUGAUAGUGACAGCACAGAGAGACAAGAGUACAACGUCACUGGAGUGUCUCCAUACAUCAUGAAGCUUAUCAUCGAGCAUCUUUACACAUGCUCCCUGAUGGUCACAGAGGACAAUGUGCUGCAUCUCCUGCAGGCUGCCAGCCAGCUCUGCAUACUGGGAAUUGUGCAGGCCUGCUCUGACUUCCUGGAGGCCUGGCUGUGCCCUCAGAACUGCAUUGGCAUCUGGAAUAUCACCGAAACGUACCUGUGUCCCAAACUAAGGGACCGCGCCUACCGCUUUGUCUUGCAUAACUUUGAAGAGAUUGUGCGCACCUCCAAGGAGUUUGUGGAACUCUCGCUGACCCAGCUCAGUGACAUCAUUGAGUCAGAUGAGCUUAACGUAAGGGAGGACGUGGUGUUUGAACUGAUUCUCCAGUGGAUUGCCCACUUGCCCGUUGAGCGCAAACCCUACAUCUCCACGCUGCUACCCAAGGUGAGGAUGGCCUUGAUGGAUCCUGAUUAUUUCUCACGCAAUGUGGUAGACAACUCACUGUUGAAAGACAACAGCGAGUGCAGCCACCUGGUCACCCACGCCGGAAAGGUCUUGAGCAAUCGUCUCAUGAACAGAUCCUCUAGCAACCGACUGACCCGCCCACGCCUGCCCUGCACCAUCCUGCUGGCCAUUGGGGGCUGGAGCGGCAGCUGCCCCAGCAAUGUCAUGGAGUCCUAUGACAUGCGGGCGAACGGCUGGGUCAAAGUGCUCCAGGAGGAGGGCCCCCGAGCUUACCACGGCGCAGCCUAUCUGAAAGGCUUUGUGUACUGCCUUGGAGGCCGCAACAAUAUAGAAUUCUUCAGCAGCGUGCGCAAGUUCGACCCCGCGGCGCUCACAUGGCACGAGGCGGCGCCCAUGCACUGCUGCCGCUGCUUCGUCAGCGUCACCGAGCUGGACGGCCAAAUCUACGCCAUGGGCGGCUUCGACGGCCACGUCAGCCACAGCUCAGCCGAGCGCUACAAGCCAGAGACCAACCAGUGGAGCUUCAUCGCACCCAUGCACGAGCACAGGAGCGAUGCCAGCGCUACCACGCUGUACGGCAAGGUGUACAUUUUUGGAGGCUUCAAUGGAGAGGACUGUCUCUCAUCUGCAGAGUGCUACACCCCUCAGACCAACCAGUGGACCAUGAUUACCCCUAUGAGCAGUCGGCGCAGUGGACUAGGGGCCAUCGCAUAUGGGGAAGAGGUUUAUGCGGUGGGUGGCUUCGACGGGGUCAGCCGGCUUCAGAGCGGUGAGGCCUACGACCCACAGACCAGCAGCUGGCGUCCGGUGCCUGACAUGGUCAGCACCCGCAGCAACUUCGGCAUCGGGGUGCUGGAUGACCGGCUUUUCGUGGUGGGUGGCUUGAACAUCUUCACCUCUACGGAUGGCGUGGAGUGCUAUGACAAAAAGACCAGCGAGUGGACUAAAGUCAAAAGCAUGGAAUCACCGCGUGGUGCCCUCAGCUGCUGUGUGGUGGCCGGCCUGCCCAACAUUACCCAGUAUGCCAGCACUCGGGAUUCCCUAUAGCCUUCCACUGACCACUGCCCCAAAAGGGGCUCAUCUGCUUAAAUGUCUUACAGUGUAGGGACCCCUGUCA